CAUUUUUCUAUAUAGUGUAACGUUUUUCAUCAGAAUCUCUUUCUGCAAAAGCUUCAAGACACCUUCCCUCACGUCCUUUUUUUUGUUAAACUUAACGUUUUAAUUUUUGCUUGGGUUUUCAGUUUAAUUAUUCUUCAUGAAUAAAGAAUAUAUUAUAAAAGAAUCUGUCACUACACUGGCAAUCGCAAUUGCAGAUCACCAACAGAUUCCAAAUGAAAUUUAUGUGUCCACUUGUUUGGAUAAAGUUAAUCAAGUAUUUAAACCCCAAUGGAUUAGAAAUCAAGAUGAUAUUAUAUGUUUAUUUCAAGUAUGUCAAGAAAUUAGUCCAACAGAUACAAAUUUAGUAACUAAAUGUUGUAGUUUGCUUAUCAAAAUAUUACCAAAACUGACUUCUGGCGAAGAAAAUCUUUUAAUAAAUACAACUUCCUGGAUAUUAUCAUCCAUUGUUCAAUUAGAGAACCAUAAAAACCAAUCUAACCAAUUAAAUGAAAUCCUUAAUUUAUAUGUUUGCAUUAUUCAAGCAUAUAAAAAAUUAAAUAUCAACAAUAACAAAAUAGUUUCUCAAGUAAUAGUUUUACUAUUACCAUUAUUAGAACAAAUAAAAAACUACUCAAAAGAUACACAGACAAAUAUUUGCAUACUGACUUCUAUGAAGGUAAUAGAAGCUACUAUAAUUAUUUUAAAAGAUUAUGAGUAUGUUAACACUAUUGGAAUAAAUUUAAUUCAUUUUAUGGAACAGUUAAUUAAUAAAAUUAGUAAUAUACAACUUUAUGAGCAAGAAGUUUUAAAAUAUGCGUUACAAAUAUUGUUACAACUUAUUGAUCAGUCUAAACAGUGGACUAAUGAAAAUUUCAAUAAAUUGUUACCUAUUGUCUUAGUAUAUUUAAGGUUUGGUUUGAUUUUUAAUCAAUCCAAAUUUAUUAAUGAUUUGCAACCCUCCCCCAUUGUUCAGUGGGAAAAUCCAUCAAGACUUGAUAUAGUUCCUACCAUGAAUAUGACGAAUAAACAACGUCAAAAAAAAAAAAGAAUUAUUGAAUCUAAGAAUAAAGUACCAAAAUUUGUUUCCAUAUCAGUUGAUGAUGAAGUUUUGAUGAAUGUUAAAGAUUCAGAUUUUUCAGAAGAUGAACAAUGUAUUUCAAAUGUGACUGGACAUAUAACUUUAUACAUACGAUUAUUGGCUGCGCAAACAAUGAAAAAAAUGUUCACUAUUAUUGAGAAAAAAAUGUUAUUAGGAUAUUUAUACUCAAUUUUCGAUGGCCCAAUGAACAUUCAAAACUGUUUAAUUUCUGAAGUAGGAAAUUCUGUUCGAGAACCUUCUUCUAAAAUACGUGCUACUAUUAUAACUGCUAUCACAUCUAUUUUUAAUGGAUCAAAAAUAUAUUUUGCUCAAGCGCAAUAUAGAGAAAAGAAGGGUGCAUUUACCACAUGGUCUGAAAUACUUGCCGAUUAUAUAAUUGCAAUACAUAAUACUUUGUUGAAAGAUUUUAGUAUGGAAUCCCAUAGUGUCCGUCUUGUACUCUUACACUGUUUUUCUACUGUGAUUACUAAUACACCAUACACGAGAUUAAAUAAAAAUCUUCUUAAAUCAGUAUUAGACACUAUACUUGUUUAUACGAAAUGUGAACCUUGUGAAAAUUAUAUUAGAAUUGGUGUAUUUCGCUGUCUGACAUCUAUAUUUAAUUCAGAAUUACCAGAUUUAGAAAAAGAAUUAUUAAUUGAAAAAAAAACCGAAAUUGUGAAUUUAUGUUUGUAUUUAUUUAAAGAAACAAAAUUAUUUCUAGAAAGUGAUCAAGAUAAUACUCAAAUUAUUGUACGCCGUCAAUGCUGGCAAAUAUUAAAUAGUUACUGUAAUCAUUAUCAUGGUUUGAUUGAAAAUAGGAUGUUAAUUAAUAUUGCCAUUGAAGAUAUGAAAUACCCUAAACAAAUUUUGUUACGUAAAAACAUUUUGUCAUGCUUAAAGCAAAUGUCUGCGGUGUCAGAAGAGAAUGAAUAUAAAUCGGCCCGAUUAGAAAAAUGGAAGUUAAUAUUUCGUAAAUUAAUACCACAAAUGUUUGCUGAAAAAGAUGCACAAACACUACCUAUUCUUAUUGAAAGUCUAUCUACAAUUGGAUCGGAUUUAUUUAAUGAACUUGAAGACGAAUUAAUUGAUUCUUAUUCUGAUGAAUUAUUAUCAUUUAUUACUUAUGAAGACUUAAAUAUCCAAGCAGCUGCUAUAGCAACAUUGGGUACACUAAUUAAAUAUGAAAAACUAUCAAAAAAUCCAGUCUAUAUUGAACACACCAUUGACAGUUUGCUUUAUGUAUCAUCGGUGAAUAAAAAUAAUUUGGUUCAAGAAAAAUUAUCAUGGACAUUAAAUUGCUUAGCUGAAAUAUUAUUAGAAAAUUGGGAGUUGUAUGAAAUAAAAGAUGGUAAUUUGUUAUGCUUAGCCAAAGCUGCACUUUCUACACUAGAUCGUAAACCGUGCAGAGCUUGUGGCACUAGAGCAUUAGGUAUUUUCCUAUCAUUAAUUGACCAUACUGAUGUUACUAUACAGCAAUUCGGUCCAUUAUUUCAAGAAUCUAUAGAAAUUUUGAUUAAUAUUGCAAAUGGAAAUGAUAGUAUGAAAAACCGAUGGAAUAGCUGUCGUUCUCUUGGUACUCUUUAUCAAACAAAUUCUAUUAAAAAAUUAUCAGAAACUCUAAAGAACAAUGUGUUUAAUACAUUAUCUACAUUAAUUACAAACUGCUGUAAUUUUAAAGUCAGACAUGUAGCCUGUUCAUCAUUAAUGUUUAAUCAACGAGAGCUCUACGGUACUAAUUAUAUGAAAAUGUGGCAUAGACUGUUUGAUGCUUUUGAAAACGCUCAAAAUUUACCUCGUAUUUGUGAGCAUAAACAUCAACAAAAACUUAUAAAUCAGCUCUGUUCAUCAUUUUGUAAUUUGUGUCGUUUCCUAGAACCAACUGACAUAAGUAAUUUAAUGUAUUUGUUUGAGUCACGUCUAUAUUUGAUCCAAAAUGAGAUGGAGAAAUUUUGCAAUUUAAUAGAUGUUCCAAAUAACUUGGAUAUGUUAACAGCAGCACACAAAAAUUUGUAUAAUUUAUUAAAAACUAAACAACUUUCAUCUAAACAAAUUGAAAUUGUAAAUGAUUUACUGAAUGUAUUUUACAACCAUUAGAUCAUCAUCAAAGUUUCUCAUUACAUUAUCUCACGUUUAAAUAUUUUAUAUUCAAUUAUUAAAUGUAUUUAUUAACAGUUAAGUAAAAAA